AUGGCUGUCAAACAGAAAGUGUUGCUCCUCGGAGCUACUGGCGAGACUGGCACUUCCAUACUGAAGGGUCUACAGGAAUCUGGUAACUUCGAUAUUGAAGUCUUGGUGCGACCAGCUUCUGUGAAUAAACCAUCUGUUCAAAGGAUUCAAGAGCAAGGCAUCAAGAUCUGGUCCAUAGAUCUCAACGAAUCGAGCGAUCUCAUAUCUGCAUUUUCUGGUGUUGAUGUUCUUAUCAGCGCUAUUGGACCCCAGGACGUAAUGCAGCAAAAAAAGCUACUUGAAGCUGCAAAGUUAGCCGGUAUCAAGCGAGUAGUUCCAUGCGCUUUCAUUACGGUCGCACCCCCACACGGCGCUAUGUUGCUUCGUGACGAGAAAGAAGAAGUUUACAACGACAUCAAACUCCUUGGUAUUCCUUAUACCAUAAUAGAUGUCGGUUAUUGGUAUCAAAUCUCAUUUCCCAUCGUUCCCUCCGGCAGAGUGGAUUAUGCAUCGGCGUUCCCAAACAAUACUAUCCAUGGUGACGGCACAGUCCCCAAUAUCCUUACCGACCUACGUGAUAUCGGCCGGUUUGUCGCGUGCAUAAUAUGCGAUGAUCGAACUUUGAACAAAUAUGUCUACACGUAUGGGGACGUUCUGAGCGAGAACGAAAUUUAUCGUAUUGCCGAAGACCUCUCGGGCGAGAAAAUCGAAUCGACUCCGAUGUCAAUCGAGCAAAUCAAAGACGGCGCUGUACAGGCCCAGGCUGCUUUCUCCCAGGAUCCUCAGGAUCCGAUGAAGCGUAUGUUCCUUUACCUUGCCCAAUAUCGCUUUAGUAAAUAUGUACGCAAGGACAACGAGCCUGCUUACGCAGACUAUCUGGGCUAUCUCAAUGCCAGGAGCCUUUAUCCUGAGUUCACACCCACGUCUUUCCGAGAAUUCUUUGCAGAGGCACUCGCGGGAAAGGUGAGCAAGGUACUGGCAUAUCGCACCAAUGUGAACUCUCGAGGUGAAUUGCCCGCCCUACGCAUCAGCGAUCAAUUCGUCCUGACUGAGAUCACCGCCAUCUGCGAAUACUUCGACGAGGUAGCGAAAGGCGGCAAGUCCCUUUUUGGUGAGACUGCCUUGGAGCGAGCCGAGACUCGUAUGUGGCUUCGAAGGAUGGAUAUGGAGAUCGCCCAGCAAGUGAUUGAUUGGUUCCGCAACGAUCCUGGCACCAUCGACUUCUACAAGGGAAAUCGUAUCCCGGUUCCUGAGGCUCGAGUCAUUCAGAAAGUGACUAUCAAUCAAUUCUUAAACCGGCUCGACGAUGAGCUCGAGGAAAAGAGUAGCUCCAUGGGUACUUUCGCCCGGGCGAUUGAACGUGGUGGCCUACUGGAAGAGAAUGGAAGAGCGAGAAAAGAGCAAAGCGGCCUUGUCAAAUUUCCCUACGGGAUUGCUAUCAACUUGAAGUGA